AUGGCCAAUCAAACGAUCAUCACCAGCUUCCUCCUCAUGAGUUUCUCUGACAUCUGGGAACUUCAGCUAUUACACAUUGUGCUCUUCUCCCUGAUCUAUCUGGCAGCCCUGAUGGGCAAUCUGCUCAUUAUUCUUGUCACCACCAUUGACCAGCACCUUCACACUCCCAUGUACUUUUUCCUGAGGCAUUUGUCCUUCUUAGACCUCUGCUACAUCUCUGUCACGGUGCCCAAGUCCAUCCUCACAUCCUUGACCCACAAAAAUACCAUCUCUGUCCUUGAAUGUGCUAUCCAGGUCUGCUUUGUGCUUUUAUUUGUCUGUGCUGAGCUGGCUCUGCUCACAGUCAUGUCCUAUGACCGAUAUGCUGCCAUUUGCCGUCCCCUCCACUACGAGACCCUCAUGAGUAGAGGAGCCUGUGUGCAGAUGGCAGCUGCUUCUUGGGUCAGUGGCAGUCUCUCAGGCAUCAUGCACACAAUCAGCACUUUCUCUGCACCCUUUUGUAAAGCCAAUGAGCUUGGCCAGUUUUUCUGUGAGAUCCCUCAUUUGCUCAAACUCUCCUGUUCCCAGCCAAAUUUUGCUGAAAUUGGAACCACUGUCACAACCACAAUUUUGGGUCUUGGCUGUUUUUUCUAUAUUGUUAUCUCUUAUGUCUAUAUCUUUUCCACCGUUCUAAGGAUGCCAUCCACAGAAGGCAGGUCCAAAGCCUUCUUCACCUGCCUACCCCAUCUCAUUGUGACCACUGUGUUUUUCACAACUGCAUUUGUUGCUCAUGUAAAACCUACCUCUGACACUCCUUCUGUGCUUGACCUGCUGGUGUCUGUGUUCUAUGUUGUGGUGCCUCCCACCCUAAACCCUGUCAUCUAUAGCCUGAGGAACACAGUCAUGAAGGAAGCUCUAGCCAAGUUGGUGAAGCAGGUGUUUCCUUGUUUAUGA